AAUAAUACUAUUACUUGUUCAGCUGAUUCAUCUGAGUACCAGCGAGAUCCAAACAAUUGUACGAGAUUCUAUCAGUGCUCUAAUGGAACUCCAUACCUAUUUGACUGCCCUAGCGGAACGGCAUUUAAUACGGAUAUUAGU